CAACACUGUUCACCAUCACCAAUAAAUAAUUUGGUUUAAGUGCAUUAGGCAUUCAUUUAAUCCGUGUUUUGUGUUGUGUUUUACCCACAUUUUCAAUCAAUAUGGCAGCAUACACCGAGGAUCAGUUGGCUGAGUUCCAGGAGGCGUUCAAUCUGUUUGAUAAUCGCGGCGAUGGCAAGAUUCAGUUGAGCCAGGUGGGCGAGUGCCUGCGUGCAUUGGGCCAAAAUCCCACCGAGUCGGACGUGAAGAAGUGCACGCAUCAGCUGAAACCGGAUGAGCGAAUCUCGUUCGAGGUCUUUCUGCCCAUCUAUCAGGCCAUAUCGAAGGCGCGCUCCGGCGAUACCGCCGACGACUUCAUUGAGGGGUUGCGUCAUUUCGAUAAGGAUGCCAGCGGCUAUAUAUCUUCCGCUGAACUUCGUCAUCUGCUGACCACGCUCGGUGAGAAGCUCACCGACGAGGAGGUUGAACAGCUUUUGGCUAACAUGGAGGAUCAGCAGGGCAACAUCAACUAUGAGGAGUUCGUGCGCAUGGUUAUGAGCGGCUAAUCCAUAGCCUGUGAUGAUCGACAGCAACACGAAAAACUAACAAAGAUAAAUCAGAAAAGAAAUCAGAAAGACAACAACAACAACAACAACAACAAGAAACUGAUGAAAAAUAAGUAGAGUAGGAGCACUCACCUGCCAUGUUAGCUAGCCGUUCAUUCCGCCAAAACUCCAAUUCCAAGAUUCCACGUUAAUUUCUCUCUUAGCCACAUAUUUGUAUGUUUUUUGUAUAUUCUCGCAUUUCGCGGCAAAUUGAUAUGAUUCCAUAUAAAACAACAACGACAAAGAGACGACCACACACACAGCACACAAAUUUAACCAUUGUUUCAAGCAGGGUAAAGCACAUCCUCGGAGAGGUCGCAUCGUAUUAUUCUAAAUUGUUCGAGUUUCUAAUUCAAUAAUAGUUAACUUUAUUUCUUCACAUACACACAUAUAUAUACACACACACACAUACACACACACACAUACACACACAAACACACAUCCGUAAUGGAACUCAAGUCUUUAACGAGUAUCGUAACAAGUAUUGCUUAAUUAAUGAUUUUGAUACCUGUAUAUAUAUAUAGACAAAUGUAUAUAUA